ACUACGCAGAGUAAUCUCCAACAACACCAGCGUAUUCACACAGGAGAGAAGCCAUAUCACUGCUCAGAGUGUGGGAAGAGUUUUACUACGCAGAGUCAUCUCCAACGACACCAGCGCAUUCACACAGGAGAGAAGCCAUAUCACUGCUCAGAGUGUGGGAAGAGUUUUGCUCAACAGGGUACCCUUCAAAAACACCAGCGCAUUCAUACAGGAGAGAAGCCAUAUCACUGCUUAGAGUGUGGAAGCAGUUUUUCUCAACAGAAUACGCUCCAAAAACACCAGCGCAUUCACACAGGAGAGAAGCCAUAUCACUGCUCAGAUUGUGGAAAGAGUUUUGCUCAACAGGGUAACCUUCAAAAACACCAGCGUAUUCACACAGGAGAGAAACCGUAUCACUGCUCAGAGUGUGGAAAAAGUUUUGCUCAACAGGGUAACCUUCAAAAACACCAGCGUAUUCACACAGGAGAGAAAUCAUAUUACUGCUCAGAGUGUAGAAAGAGUUUUGCUGAACAUAGUACCCUUCAAAACCACCAGCGUAUUCACACAGGAGAGAAACCGCAUAACUGCACUGAGUGUGGAAAGAAUUUUACUCAAAGUAGUGCCCUAAAAGUACACCAGCGUGUUCACACAGGAGAGAAACCGUAUCACUGCUCAGAGUGUGGAAAGAGUUUUGCUCAACAGGUUAACCUCCAAAAACACCAGCGUAUUCACACAGGAGAG